CUAUUAAUCCGCCUGUUCGGUUUGUUGGUCCGUAGCAUUGAUGGCCUGCAGGUCGAGGUACAGGUCUCUACUACGGCGGAAAAGGCAUUGGCCAGUGCAGUCAUCAAUCACGCAUAUCACAAAACGUCCGGCCAACUUCACAUCAAUUUACAAUCACUCCUCCAUUCGUAGAUAUCGCAGCUGCCCGCGCGCUGAAGUACCGGUUGUCCCGCGCAUCGUUCCAGUGAAGCAGGAUGCUGUCGAUUCUAAGAAAAGCGCGACUGAAGGACAAGGAGAUGCGUAUCCUCAUGCUUGGCCUCGACAAUGCCGGCAAGACUACAAUUGUCAAGAAGAUCAUGGGGGAAGACGUGAAUACAGUCAGUCCAACCCUGGGCUUCAUCAUCAAGACCAUCGACUACGACGGGUACAAGCUGAACAUAUGGGAUGUCGGCGGACAGAAAACGCUGCGGUCGUACUGGCGAAACUAUUUUGAAAAGACGGAUGCGUUGAUCUGGGUGGUAGAUGCAACGGAUCGAUUCAGGACGGAGGAUUGUCGCGAGGAGCUUCACGGUCUGCUCCAAGAGGAGCGUCUGGCGGGAGCAAGUCUACUGGUCUUUGCCAACAAGACAGACGUCGCCGGUUGUAUGGACGAGAGAGAGAUCAUCACUGCACUCGAUCUAGGGUCGAUACGGACACAUGGGUGGGAGAUCAAGCAGUGCAGCGCCAUGACAGGGAGGAAUCUCAAGGAAGGGCUUGCGUGGGUUGUUGCGGAUGCCAAAAAGAGGCUCUUCCUCUACUGAGGCUCCCCCUGACUUUCUUGUUGUCUCACGUCCAGCUAGUCUGAUUGUGGUCUGGCCUUCGCGGUGGUCGCCAUGAGGUUGAGGGGUUUUC